AUCGUAUCAUGCCACGUAAUCCCUAAGCAACAUUUUUGCCGACCGCACAUGCGCGUUCGGCGCUGAUAGAUUUUUUAACUAUCCGCCAUGUUACGAUUAUACGUUAAUUUACAUUCUCCUACGAGUCGAUCGGGCCUCGUAAUAUUCAUCGUUCCACGGUCAAAAACGUAUAACGACCGUCACGUUAAUACCAUUGCACAGCGUAUGCACGAUUUACUCACGUGUAUUCCCCGAGAUAUCGAAAAGUUCUUUAAUCGAUUGUCACUGUUAAACACGAAGCAGUUGCACCGAAAUAUGACUGGAUGUAAAAAUAUAUGAAGUUCCGAACCAAGAAAGGAGGUGGAAAGUUUAUAUGAAAUUUUAUGCAAAUUACUGAUAAUUAUAAAUCGCGACGCACGCGAAUCUCGAGAUAUCGAAGUCUUGAAGUCUUACUGAUGCUGCAACUUCGCAGUGAUAAAUAGCCUUUCUAAUUUAUUCUAUUUUUUUGUGGAGGAAACAGUGGAAACUAAUGGGAAUAGAUAUAAAUAACAUUUUCGCUCGAAAUGGUUGGCCGCAGGUGGAAGUCGUGUAAACUCGACUUUACGGUUUAAUAAUAUGCAUCGGCGAAGGAUCUACUUCACUGAAGUCGGUUACGAAUGCGCGUUUAACGUAUGUACUUUAUGUAAAACAGUGGCAGACGAACGAUCCGCGUGCGGGCAGCGCUCGGUAAUGGCUGUGCUUCCUCUUCUUGUUUCUCAUUAUCGACGAAAGACGACUCCUUCCGCGAGGCAUGACUUGAAUUGAGAACGAACGGGGCAUUAAACGAAGGUUAAUUUAACCCGGAGGUUAAGGUCCGGCGAGGUAUCAGGCCGCAGGAAGGAUCGCGGAAAGAAAACAAUUUCUGUCGCUCUUGCGAUCGCCGUCCCUGAACAAUCAAUAUGGCCUCCAGCCGUUGCUCGCUCGCUCGCUCGCGGGCCACGCUGGUGUGAGUGACUCGCGGCCAUCUUUCUCUCUCUCUCUCUCUCCCCCUCGUCCCGACGCGAACUUCAGCGUGGUUGGCUCGUGCGGCGCCGGGAUCGUCGAUCCGAUUAGUCGAAUGGUUCGGUUCGGAGAUUUUGCCGCAAGUCAGCCAGGAGUCGGCAGCGUGAGAACGAGGCGAGACGACGCCGCGCGCGUGCGAGUACCUCCGGCGGUUGGUGCGGUGAGUCGGGUGAGCCAGAGAAAGAGCGGGAGGAUCGACGAGCUCGGAUCGUCGAUAAGCGUCGCUGAUAAGAGCGUCGUCGGGGUGAGACCGAUCGGCGGCAGAGCAGCGGUGUUCCUGGCGCUUGGACGAGGCGAGGGGCGAAGCCCGUGAGUGGAGGAGCGGAACCGGAAGGGGGACAUCUAUGAGAGGAAGUAGAAGAAGAGGGUUACCCGAGAAGAGAAAUUACUCGAAGGAUACCGUAAAGAGGAGGGAACGAUGCGCCGGUAGUCGACCGUGAUCUGGACGAUGAGAAUCGGUUCGAAACGUUCGCGUCUUCGUUACUGAUCGCAGUGGCCUCUUCGUCCGUAGCAGCGGUUAGUUGUUUGUAACAGCAACCGCUUUUGCCCACAGACGAAGGUAUGGCCGACGUCGCGUCUUCCGGAGGCGAUAAUGGGCCCGCUGCCACCACUGCGACGGUCGUCGAGGGUUGUCGGAGAUCGUCGGCGACGGACGUUGACAGAGUCGACGAGGCCAUUGUUGGCAGCAGCAUCAACGAUGGGAAGGCCAUGACUGCUGUUGACAAUGGGGUUGUUGACGACAAGGUCAGUAUCCACGAGAUUCUCGAGGGAAUGACGAAUGAGUUUAACAAGGGCGUAAACCCAACGAAGCAUAGCGUUGACAGUGAGAGAAUGGUCGCAGUGGAGGAGACAACGACACCACCGUCAUCACCGUUGAGAGUUGCCGAUGAGGCAUCCAAGGGGGAGAAGAAACGCGACGACGCUGCUGAGGAAGAGGAGGAGGAUAUGACGACUUCGGAUGACGUAAUGACCUCUCAGUCUGAGCUGGAGGAGAACCACAGGGAUGAGGAGGAUGUGUCCAUGGCAGUGGCAUCGAUGGGUAAACAACAAGAGGUGAAAAAGGACAACGGUAUACCCAGGAUCGUUCUGACAUUCAGGACCAUCGACGAGAACACGGAUCAUGGGAAGAAGACUAAGAUAUCUAGUUGUUCUUCCAAUCUUACUCUGGUACCUGAUGAACUGGCCAAUUGCGAUCAGAUUGGCGGUGUCUCUGUGAAAAUAGAGAACUCUGAUGAGAAUUCCGACGUGAUAGAGGAAUCUCAGACAGAAGAAUCUCAAGCGGAGGAAUCUCAAGCAGAUUCAGACAGGACUAAGGAAGGAGACUCUUUGAAGGAGAUGGAAGCGAAGGUUGCUGAUGAAGAUAAGACAGACGGCGCGAAAGAGAAGCUCAACGAGGAUGCAUCGUCUUCCCAGCUGUCUGUCCAGAAGAAGCCUGAAACCGUGGAGAGUAAUGCCGAGAGCAACAACGUGGAAACGAAGCUUGCAGAAGGUACUGAGCAGCAAGAAUCUACCGCGCCAGUUACCAGGAAAAGAAGAAUUGGACGACCUAGAUUGCGAGCACUUAGUGACUCUCUACCUUCUCAAGAUGAAGAUCCUCCCGGUCCCAAACGUUCAGCUAGAAGACUAUGCAAGGAGUCCUUGAAGAGCACAGUGUUGGAAAGUGCCAUGGCGCGCAAAGAAAAAUCCAAUUACACCGAGGAGCACAUGCAGUCGAAAAAGAGGAAGUACAACAAACCGGGUCGGCCGAAGAAGAUCGUACCCGGUAAGGAGCCGGCGAAGCAGACUCAGGGAAAGCCAUCUGACGUUCGUCAGGAAAUCGACACGUUGUUGCUGUCGGAUGGUAGCAUUUCCGAGAACGCUCUAUUGGAUUCGACACGUAACAGCGUAUCGGAGGGUGGCGUAAACGAUAAUACCACAGAGGAGUCGCAAUCGUUCUCCUCCGAUUUCGAUGGAAUGCCAAAAUUAUCGCCGAUGAUGAAAACCUCGGAGCCGCAGACCAAACUGAGUAACUCUAUCAGCAGCCCUAGCAGCGAUGAUGUACCACUGGCGGACAUCGAAAAGCCUUUCUUGAAACCGGUUACUGCUAAUCGACCUAAGAGGGAACGCGGACGUCCUCGUGGAAGUACCCAAGCAGCGCGGAAGAUUGCGAAGGCGGAUCUGUACGAAGAUGGUUCUCCAUCGGUUGCAGAAGCAGGGAAGAAUAACGAUUAUCCGGAAGAGACACCAGUCAAACGAACGCGUCGGAGCAUGGUGCCAAGCCCGAGUCCCGCCGAAGGACAAGCGUCGAAGCCGGAGUCCACCGCGAUUAUGAGCGAAACGUACGUGCAAUCCAUGUUGUGCCUGUGCCAAGUUCGAUCUCAACUCUACGUCACGAUAACUGGCUCCGGAGCACCACUCUAUUGCACGGCGAUAGAUUCGAUCGACACCCGACUGGUCGGCUGUUGCAACGAGGUGGACAGUAACGACGUAGCGAUGCGACGGCCGAGCACUCGCGUGCCCUUCAUUAUUUUGUGCCGCAUGCACAAGGAACGGCUGUUGCGGCACAACUGCUGCCCCUCCUGCGGCCUGUUUUGCUCGCAGGGCAGAUUCGUGCAGUGCACGAACGGCCACCAGUAUCACCGCGAAUGCGAGAUCUACCCGAGCAAGAAAGGCGUGUGUCCGCAUUGCGGCAGCGAUAGCGCGGCUUACGAUGUACUCGUAACAAUGAACGGCAUGCGGCGGCCAGUCUUUAUACCUACGCGUAAAAAGUUUUCGAAAUUACCGUCGGCGAAGAUGACCUUGCCCGGUAAGGGUGAUAACACGAAGCUAGCCGAGCGUCCGCCCAGCCCGUUGAUCAAGCCCGACGUCAUCAAGAUACCCGAGCCGUCGAUGAACAGCGAGAGACCGGAGCGCUACACCAUUAUGAGUCUCUACACAUCCGUGAAGAAUGGAGAUCUGGAAAAAUUAGUAAACGUAUUAGCAUGCGGUUAUAAUGCGAAUCACACAUUCCGGGAUUACGCCCAUCGGACUGGUUUGCACAUAGCGGCGGAUAAGGGUCAUCUAUCGUGCGUACACGUUCUGGUCCAAGGUGGUGCUCAAGUAGAUGUAAUGGAUAGGAACCAAUUGACGCCAUUGAUGCUGGCCGCGAGCAAGGGCAAAGCUGAUGUGGUGAAGUAUUUAGUUAGGAUAGGCGCCGACGUGACACUGAAAGGCGAGGACGGUAUGACCGCCUUGCACAUGGCAGCCAAGUCCGGCCACCUGGAGGUCUGCAAGAUCAUUUUGACCGAGUGCAAAGUGCCGAGAACGCUAGUAGACUCCGUGGACGAUGGCGGCUGGACGAGCUUAAUCUGGGCGUGCGAGUUCUGUCACACGGAUGUCGCGCGGUAUCUGUUAGAUAAAAAGUGUGACCCGCUCAUACGCGAUGCCGAGCAGAACAUAGCGUUACAUUGGAGCGCCUUCAGCGGCAGCUCCGAGAUCACGGAGAUGCUCCUUAACGAGGGAUGCGAUGUGAAUGCUGUAAAUGUUCAUGGUGAUACUCCCUUGCAUAUAGCAGCUAGGCAGGACCAGUAUGCAGUCAGCGUUCUGUUGCUGGCGCGCGGUGCUAAAAUAGGGGAGGUAAAUGCUGCCGGUGAAACUGCGGUGAAUUGUUGCGCGACGGAUGGCGAUACUAUGUCUGCUUUGAGAUUAAAUGCGAAAGUCAACGAGCUCUCCGAGCAUAUGUGGGAAAAAACGAUUAAAAUAUUAACAAACGACAUCUCACGUGGAAAGGAAACGAAUCCUAUACAGUGCGUUAACGGAUACGAUUCCGAGGACAAGCCGACGGAUUUUCUUUACGUUACGGAGAAUUGUUUUACCAGUAACAUCAACGUCGAUCGCACAAUAACGUCGUUGCAGUCCUGUCGCUGCGAGGACAAUUGCAGUUCCGAAAAGUGCUUGUGCGGGAACAUAAGUCUGCGAUGCUGGUACGACGAGGAAGGGAAACUUAUACCCGAAUUCAAUUACGCAGAUCCGCCGAUGUUGUUCGAAUGCAAUCCCGCUUGCGAUUGCAAUCGCAUCACGUGCAAUAAUCGGGUGAUUCAGCACGGACUCACGCAGAGGUUCCAGUUGUUCCGCACGAAGGGCAAAGGCUGGGGUCUCCGGACCCUUCGUCACAUACCCAAGGGUACCUACGUGUGCGAAUACGUCGGUGAGAUAAUCUCAGACUCGGAGGCUGAUCAUCGGGAGGACGACUCCUACUUGUUCGAUUUGGAUAAUAGGGAUGGAGAAACGUACUGUAUUGACGCACGACGUUACGGAAAUAUCGCUCGCUUUAUCAACCAUUCGUGCGCUCCGAAUCUGUUGCCAGUACGAGUGUUCGUGGAGCAUCAGGAUCUGCAUUUCCCGAGGAUAGCGUUCUUUGCCAACCGCGACAUCGAGGCAGACGAAGAGCUCGGCUUUGAUUACGGCGAGAAAUUCUGGAUAAUAAAGUGCAAGUCCUUCACGUGUACCUGCGGAGCCGAAAACUGCCGUUAUUCCGAGAAGACUAUACAAGUCACGCUGGAUAACUAUCGAAGAAAAAUACAGCAGGAAGAGAUGUUGGCAGCUCAAACAUCAUCAUCGUAACCUUAAAUGCGAUUUAGCUUAAUUCUUUAGGUGUCUGCGAUUUGUUUUGCGGGCAAACAUGACGACGAUGACGAUGAACGAUGAUAAUUAUUUUACGAAUCAUCUCGUCGACUGCUGCACGCGCUAGUUUUUCCAAUUUGGUGAUUUGUCGAGAUCGAUUGUCGCGGGUCGUAAGAGUACAAAUGCAAAAUGGUGGUGGGAUGAUGAUAAGCAUAUGAUUAGGUUUUUUUCGAUAUUUUCCGGAAUGCUAAUGUAAAAUGCACGAGCCUGGAAGGGAUCGUCUUCUGCCGUUAUUAUUUUUAUAAAAUAUCGAAAUAUAUUUGUAGCAAAAAGAAAUUGACAGUCGGUCUACUUUGUUGCUGCUAUUCGUUUUUUUGGAUAUUGAGAAAAUUUAAUUACAUGUUAAUUAUGAGGAAAAGUUAAAGAGAUCAUACUUUGUGAGAGUACGAAUGUUUAUAAAUAAAAGUACCAAAAAAAUAAAAUUGAAGCCAAUGCUCUCUUUAAGAUUGAUUCCGAUUAUCAUUAAUCCGAAAACUAUGAUGAUUUAUUAAAAGCCUGUAAUUCUUAAAAGUCUCUUUUCUGCUAAUGUUUUAAUGAUUUAUCGAUAGACCGGUAGUUAAUAACGAUUAUGUAAUGAGUUUUAUAUUUGCCUUGUGGAAAGCUUUUGAGAAAUGUAAUAAUAUUGUGUCACGUCCUACGAAAUAUUUUUUUCCACAAUGGUCCCUCGUAUGAAAUUGAAACGAAAAUUUAUAUUAUUGUUCGUCCGUAUUUUCCCUCAAGCUUGCUUGUUUCCUAUUUCUGACGAUUUUAUCGACGAGAGUGCAACGAUUUCACGAGGAAGUGCCCACGAUUGAUUUUCUUUUUUUUUUUUUAAACACGAUAAUAAUAUGCAUAAUAUAUACAUAUAUAUUAUAUACAUAUGUAUGUGACGACUAUAGUUAGUUUAUGUAUGCGAAAUGCCAAUAUUAAAUUGAAAAUGUUGUUAGGUCCUAUUGGGACAAAAUAUGUGAUGUGAGACAGAGCGAAACUACGAUCGCUCUUAAGUGAAUUCGAACUCAAUGAUCCCAGCGCGUUCGUGUGUUCCUUAUUAAUAGUGCAUUAUGCUAUUAUAUUCCACUUAGCCGUUCGUACCUUGGAGGUUCAUCGUUUAACAUACGAUUCACACUGCAGGCGAUGUAGUACAUAAAAAUGCAUCUUUUUGUACAAACAAUUAACUUUUUGUAUAAUAAAAGUUGUAGUCCUUUUUAA